GUUAAAUACGUGAACAAGUCUAGUUACACACUUUGCAUAUCUACACUCAUAAAUAAAUAUAUAUUUAUGUAUAUAUACUGCAUUGAGUAGGUAGUUAGAAAUCUAAAAGAUAUUUUUGAGAUGAAAUUGUUUGCGCUUUUAAUUCUGAAAACGUUCCCCCAGGGUAUUGAGAAGGAUCCAAUGAUCUGUUCCAGUGCUAUUGACGUUACCUCUUUUGGUUUCUUUCAACGCGGAUCGGCCAAAGAGUUUAUUAUAUUUCUUUCUCGCACCGUGGCCAAACGCGUUGCUUCCGGAACUAAGACUCAAAUUAUUCAAGAUGGCAAUGUUGUAUAUGCCCACAUGUCGUUUGAUGGUCUGGUUGCUAUAGCUAUAAGUGAUAUCGAGUACUCUGGUCGUGUGGCCUUUUCACUUUUGUCAGAAAUGCUUUCUAACUUCCAAAGCACCUUCCGCGGGAAGUAUUCGGUUGUCGAUGGAAAACCUGACAACUUCUUACCUUGGCCGUACCUGCAGGACACUCUUGUUAAGUAUCAAAAGCCAGAAGAAGUUGAUAAAAUUCUCAAGAUCAAAAAGGAUAUUGAAGAUACCAAGGUUGUGAUGUACAACGCAAUUGAUCAAAUAAUUGAACGUGGGAAUAAGAUUGAUGAACUUGUAGCAAAGAGCGAGGAUUUAGGGAUGGCUAGCAAGACGUUUUAUUCACAAGCUAAGAAGACAAAUUCUGGAUGCUGUGUAAUCAUGUAGUUUUUGAAGAAAACGAGUUACCAAUUUGGAAGGCCUUUACAAGUAAAGACGAAUGCUUUUUUUUUAGAUGCAUAUGUGUAAAAAAAAAAAUCAUUGUUUUUAUUCUAAACACACGUACUGAAGGUUUUCCUUUUCUUUGAAAUCUGAUUCAUCAUGUAGAGCAAUUAUGGUUACCGAUGAUAUUCAGUGGUAAAAAAUUGAUCUCUAUAUCCUGCACUAAGAAGGGUUGUCUCUUUUUGAGUAACUUUUUGUUUUCCUAUAUAUCUUCGUGGAUAAUAUUACACCCCCCGUUUUAUUAUCAUUUUAUCCAUUUUAUUUUCCUGUAAACGCUUAGUACUCCACUAAAUUGUGUAGAUGAAAUGAUUACCCUAAAGGUGUCGUGAGAGGUAAUAAAUUAGAACUU